CUGAGAGCAGGGAACUAUCUCUAUUUUUCUCUUUGACUGUUAAACCGUGGGAGCGCUCUAAUUGGCGGCCGUAAAACGAGAGGAAGUAGUUUGUUCUCUCAGGGUCUCGUUGGCAGAGAGUCGAAUAUAAUUAAGUGCAGUUUUGUGUUCAGACGUCGGUGUGCUUCUUUUAAUUUAUUUAAGAAGAGAAGUGUCAACAUUUAGUUUAACAAUGACUUCCUUCAACAAAGGUCCCGCCUAUGGGUUAUCUGCAGAAGUGAAAAACAAGAUUGCACAGAAGUAUGACCCUCAGAAAGAAGAGGAGCUCAGGAUCUGGAUCGAGGACAUCACCGGCUGUCCCAUUGGACCAGACUUCCAAAAAGGCCUGAAAAAUGGAGUCAUCCUGUGCGACCUAAUCAACAAACUGCAGCCAGGCUCUGUGAAAAAGAUCAACCAAUCAGCUCUGAACUGGCAUCAGUUGGAGAACCUGACCAACUUCAUCAAAGCCAUCACAAAAUACGGCCUGAAGCCUCAUGAUAUCUUUGAAGCCAAUGACCUGUUUGAGAACGGCAACAUGACGCAGGUCCAGACGACGCUGCUCGCCCUCGCCAGCAUGGCUAAGACCAAGGGCUGCCAGUCCCGGGUGGACAUCGGCAUCAAGUAUGCAGACAAACAGGAGCGGAUGUUUGACGAGGAAAAGCUGAAGGCUGGACAGUGUGUCAUCGGCUUACAGAUGGGGACCAACAAGUGUGCCAGCCAGGCUGGGAUGAAUGCAUAUGGCACCAGGAGGCAUUUAUAUGACCCAAAGGUUCAGAUCCAGCCCCCCAUGGACAACACCACCAUCAGCUUGCAGAUGGGAACCAACAAGGGAGCGAGUCAGGCUGGGAUGACUGCUCCUGGGACCAGGCGGGCCAUCUAUGACCAGAAACUGGGCACAGACAAGUGCGACAACAGCACCAUGUCCCUGCAGAUGGGGUACAGCCAGGGAGCCAAUCAGAGCGGCCAGAACUUUGGCCUGGGACGGCAGAUCUACGACUCCAAGUACUGCCCCGAUGCUGGAGAAGUCCCCGAUAAUCAGUAUGAUGCCGGCAGCGGACGAGAAUACUUCCAUGACUACCAUGACGAAGGCUUACAGGUAUACACGGAAGAGGAGCAGGUGCUUUAUGACGACAGGACAGGUUAUUAAAAGGAGGGAAGUGAUGUUAGACAGCAUGGAGGCAGGCGGACGUUUUUUUUUUUAUAUCCACAGGAUGUUGAGCUGCCUUUUCAGGUCCCAUCCUUUUAGUAUUGUAUGAAUUUGUCGUUGGCUCUAAUUGAUACACAUAUCAUGAUGAACUGUAUUUUUGUGAUUCAUCUUUUUUUAUACUUAAAAAUAUAUAGUGAUUCCACUUGAAAACCAAUGGUUUGACUUGGUUUAUUGUUUAGCACCAGAAAGUUGGUUAAAGUACAAAUCUUGUUGGAACAGUUCUGUUUUUUUUCCUAUUCUUACAAACGUCUUCCUUUCUUAUCUUUAGUGCAGGAAAUUGUUGCUUUGUUUGCAUAACCAGUCCAAGUGGACAAAUGUUUGUUUUUUCUUUGGACCAGAGGCAGCACGAGUUUCCAACAUUCCAAGCAACAAUACUGGAUUUAUUGUUUUUCAGUGACUGUUUAAGUGAAUAUUUCAUGAACAAUGGUUGACAUACGAACAAUCCUAACAUUAUGUUUGAUCAUUUAUGAUGCUAUUUAUGCUGAGUCUGAACAUUGUUUGCUUGCAAUAUUGUUGUCCAUAGAAGAGAACUAAACAUGUGAAAGUGGUUUAAUAAAAUGUAUACAUUA